AUGGGGGGAUCCAUUGAAAGUGAUCCGCGGCAGCACGACGAACUGCGCAGGCAUCUGAUGGCACAGCUGGAGUAUCUGCGAAGCGAACAGGGGCGCAUAACGCAGCGGAACGUCGAGCUUCUCCAGGGGACGGAGUGCCUGCGAGAACAGUUAAGACACAUGCAAAGGCAGCGGGAAAUUAUGGAUCGGCAGCGGCUUCACAUGGAGCAGCAGCUCUUGUUUAUGGAAGAGCAGCAUACGACAAUACAGCAGCAGCGGGCUCACCUUGGCGUGCUCCAAGACCGUAUAUGGCAAAAACAACGCGAGCUGGAGGACCUGGAACGAGGACCUGUUCAGAUAGGAGGCGCGACUGCAGAUCUUGCGGAGAAAUUCGUACCUGUUCCCAACGGGGACUUUCUUGAACAGGCGUUCGCAUCCUUUGAAACGUGUGCCUCAUUGAGCACCGCGAAGCAAGCAUCUCAUGAAGAGCUCAGCCGUCGCUUCUGUGGUUUGUACAACCGUCUGUCAGAACUCUCGUUGGAGGACAUCAGCAAGCGCGAGUGCGACACAUUCGAUGAGAGAGGAGAUUGCACCGUGGCUGUCGUAGAUAAACCAAACCCUAGUUGCCCUGAUUCAACGGUAUUCGGGGAAGCUGAUGAUGUUGGAGGCGUGGAGGUGGAAGAAGCGAAUGGCGCGACGGUUGGCCUAGAGAACAGGGCAGUUACUGAUGCCGGAUCAAUUGCUAUAGAAUUUGCAAGGCACUCAGGGGUUAGCCUCGCCAGUAUCGCGGAUAUGACAAAGAAUGACGCGCAUCAGUUCCCGUCGCCCACCGGAGAGACCGAUUGUAAUCCGUCUGUUUCUAUUGCGAGAGAGAAGGAAGAAGGCGACGCAAGGGGACAGAAGAAGAAAAGCCACGGCUGCCGAAGCUCCUGGCGUCCAGAAUCGGCAAACCAUGGGACGCAGAGUGGAGCAGGUGCAAAACGAAAAGAUUCCCUUAAAGCAAACACCGCUUGUGGUUCCCGGGCAAUCAAUUCCAGGGGAGCAGCAGACGAGUGGAGUGGCAGUGGGGCGGAAGGCCUGACAACAGUCAUGCUGAGAAACAUUCCGAACAAGUAUAACCGCAAACAGGUGAUGGAUGAAGUCGAUAUCAAGUUCAAGGGGAAAUACAACUUUUUUUACUUGCCAAUCGACUUCGUCCACGGUUGUAACGUCGGCUAUUGCUUCAUCAACUUUGUCGACACUGGAACAUGCCAAGCGUUCAAACAAGAAUUUGAGGGGAAGCGGCUGAAUCUGUUCCGGUCGAAGAAGAUAUGCACAGUCACGUAUGGUAGAGUGCAGGGCCUUAGGGCGAUCCUGGAUCACUAUUUCAACUCUGCAGUAGUGCAAGCUCAGGAUGCGUCUUGGCGACCUGUCGUUCUCAAAGAGGGUGUUGAACAGCCUUGGUCAGCACUGCAUACAGCAUUUCCGGAAAUCUUUGAUAGCGACGGGCGUCUGCGUUCGCCUAGCGGUGACACCGCAGCAUCAGAUUCCCAGGGGAGUUCGGCGUGCAGCCCUGGCAGAGCCAUUGGUCGUACGCUUCCCUCUGGGAGACGUAGGGGAAGUAAACUUGGUGUAACAAUCGAGGCUCAGCGGAAGGAGAUGCGCAACCUGAUAAGGGGAGGGCAUCACAGUGUUCACAGAAGAGUAGCAAAAGGAGGCAGGUCUCCCGACCGAGCAGCGUGGGGGUACAAACAUGCGUGA